AUGCCACCUAGAUGCCCUAGUAAAAACAAUUCUAAAAAACAAAAAACCAAAUAUGACUUUAAUAAAAAAGCCAGUGAACUUGCUAAAUACAAUAAACAAAAUGAUUAUUUUUUUAAUAAAACAAUUUGUAUUUCUCUUUUUGUCAAAGUAGAUGAAACUGGUGGAUUUUCUGGCAUCUUUAAUCCAACCUAUGAUAUAAACAAACCUGAUAAAAAAAUUUGCUCCUUAUAUAGUACUUUUGAUCGUAAUAAAAUAAAACCAACCAAGGUUUUAUCUAAUCAUUUAGUUGCUUUAAAUGAAUCUAAAAAGCAUGAAAUAUACGGUUCUUAUAUAAUUCUUCAGAAUGCAUCAGGUUUUGGUAAAAAUGCUAAAAUAGGAAAAGUUACAUUUAAUUAUAUUAUUGAGUAUAAGGAAAUAUUUCUUGAUGCAAACACACCACUAGAUAAUGAAACAGAUAAUGAAUAUGAGUAUUUUGGAAAUGAAGAGAUGAUGUUCGACAAUUAUGAACAAGACCUAACACCUGAUAUAAUAAUAAUAGAUUAG